CCUCGUCUCCGGUGUCAAACUUGACAUCAGCCUCAGAGCCGAGAAUGGUAACUUGUGUCGGAACAGAAGCCCUCACAUGAGUGGCAUGCUUCAUGGAGUUAUGUACCUUGCGUUGCCCCCUGAUCUGAUAUCAUGGAUUGCAAAACCUUAAUACUUUUUCUUUUUUUCUUCACGCUUAUUUCCAGCGCAGAUUUCAUUAUUCAUCCGUCCAAUGAAGUUAACCUAUUGGACUCCAAAGCAAGCCAAGGAGAGCUGGGUUGGAUAUCAUCCCCAUCCCAUGGGUGGGAGGAAAUUAGCGGCGUGGAUGAGCACUACACACCCAUCCGGACUUUCCAGGUGUGCAACGUGAUGGAAUACAGCCAGAACAAUUGGUUGAGGACCAACUGGAUUCCUCGUAAUUCUGCACAGAAGAUCUAUGUGGAGCUCAAGUUUACCCUAAGAGAUUGCAAUAGUAUUCCCAUGGUCCUGACCUGCAAAGAAACAUUCAACUUACACUAUCUGGAGACAGAAGAAGACCAGGGAAAUAAGUUCCGUGAGCACCAGUUUUCCAAAAUAGAUACAAUCGCCGCAGAUGAGAGCUUUACUCAGAUGGACCUAGGUGACCGCAUUCUGAAGUUAAACACAGAGGUCCGUGAGGUGGGGCCCAUGACUAAGAAGGGCUUCUACCUGGCUUUCCAGGACGUGGGAGCCUGUGUGGCCCUAGUGUCGGUGCGGGUGUACUUUAAAAAAUGCCCUUUCACAGUGAGGAACCUGGCUAUGUUUCCUGACACGGUUCCUACAGACUCUCAGUCACUGGUGGAAGUUAGGGGCUCCUGCGUCAACAAUUCCAAGGAGGAGGAUCCACCAAAAAUGUACUGCAGUACCGAGGGAGAGUGGCUGGUGCCUAUUGGGAAAUGCCUGUGCAACAUAGGUUACGAGGAGCGGGGAGUCGCUUGCCAAGCCUGCCGGCCCGGUUUCUAUAAGGCUUCAUCUGGGAACGUCAAGUGCUCCAAGUGUCCUCCACACAGCUACACACACCAGGAGGGAUCUGUACACUGCGGCUGUGAGAAAAAUUACUUUCGAGCAGACGAGGACCCUGCCUCCAUGGCCUGCUCUCGUCCUCCCUCUGCCCCUCGCAAUGUGAUCUCUGCCAUUAACGAGACCUCAGUGAUUCUAGACUGGAACUGGCCAGCAGACAACGGAGGCAGAAAGGAUGUAAUAUUUAACGUGGUCUGCAAGCGAUGUUGGCCGGGUCCCAGACAGUGUGAACCCUGUCGAGGGGCUGUGCGCUUCCUGCCCCGUGCUUUUGGCCUCACUAACACAACCGUAACUGUGGCAGACCUCCUGGCACACACCAACUACACCUUUGAGAUUGAGGCCCAAAAUGGAGUGUCUUUUCAGGCCCCCACAAUCCGCCAGUACGCUGCGGUCACCAUCACUACAAAUCAAGCAGCGCCAUCUGCAGUGACUGUCAUCAGGAAGGAUCGAACAUCAAGAAACAGCAUCUCACUGUCUUGGAUGGAGCCAGAGAGACCCAAUGGAAUAAUUCUGGACUAUGAGGUCAAAUACUAUGAGAAGCAGGAACAAGAGACGAGCUACACCAUCCUGAGGUCGAAGGGUACAAAUGUUACACUGAACGGACUGAAACCUGACACCACCUACCUGCUGCAGAUCAGAGCUCGUACUGCUGCCGGUUACGGCAGCAGCAGCCGCAAGUUUGAGUUCGAGACCAGCCCAGACUCCUUUUCUAUCUCCAGUGAGAACAGCCAAGUAGUGCUGAUCGCUAUCUCCUCCGCCGUGGCCAUCAUCCUCCUCACUGUAGUGCUCUACAUUGUGAUUAGCAGGUUUUGCAGGUACAGUAAGUCCAAACAUCCGGACGAAAAGAGGCUGCCUUUUGGCAACGGCCACUUGAGACUGCCUGGCAUUAAGACCUAUGUGGACCCGCAUACUUACGAAGACCCGAGUCAAGCCGUGCAUGAAUUCGCCAAGGAACUGGAUGCGUCUAGUAUUGCCAUUGACAAAGUUGUUGGGGCAGGGGAGUUUGGAGAGGUGUGUAGUGGCAGACUGAAGCUGCCAUCUAAGAAGGAGAUCUGCGUGGCCAUCAAGACACUCAAAGCUGGAUACACAGAGAAACAAAGACGGGACUUUCUCAGUGAAGCGAGCAUCAUGGGACAGUUUGAUCACCCUAACAUCAUCAGAUUGGAGGGUGUGGUAACACGCAGUAAACCUGUGAUGAUAGUGACCGAGUACAUGGAGAACGGCUCCUUGGAUGGCUUCCUGCGAAAACACGACGCCCAGUUCACAGUGAUUCAGCUGGUGGGCAUGCUACGUGGCAUUGCGUCUGGGAUGAAGUAUCUGUCGGAUAUGGGUUACGUGCACAGAGACCUAGCCGCUCGGAACAUCCUGGUCAACAGCAAUCUAGUGUGUAAAGUGUCAGACUUCGGCUUGUCCAGAGUGUUAGAGGAUGACCCAGAAGCGGCCUACACAACAAGAGGUGGCAAGAUUCCAAUCCGAUGGACUGCGCCAGAAGCCAUCGCCUAUCGCAAGUUCACCUCAGCCAGUGACGUAUGGAGCUAUGGGAUUGUGCUAUGGGAGGUCAUGUCUUACGGAGAAAGGCCUUAUUGGGAGAUGUCCAAUCAGGACGUAAUAAAAGCAGUGGAUGAAGGAUAUCGUCUUCCCCCACCCAUGGAAUGCCCUGCCACACUUUACCAGCUAAUGCUAGACUGCUGGCAGAAAGACAGAAACAACCGGCCGAAAUUUGAACAGAUUGUCAGCAUUCUGGACAAGCUUAUCCGCAACCCUAGCAGUCUGAAGAUCACAGCCAGCACUGCUUCCAGACCGGUAAAUUUACUUCUGGACAGGAACAGCACUGAUAUCACUUCUUUUCACACAAUGGGAGAUUGGCUGGAGAGUGCGAGGACGUUGCCCUGUAAAGAUGCAUUCAGCGGUGUUAGCUACAGCUCCUGUGAUACACUGGCCAAAACCUCAGCAGAGGACUUCAAGAAAGUCGGCGUGACGAUAGUUGGACCUCAGAAGAAGAUCGUGAGCAGCCUAACAACACUUGAAACACACUCAAAGAAUGGUCCAGUUCCUGUGUAAAAUUAAAAACAAGUAACGGAAAAGAUACUUCUAUAUGAUGCUGCUUUGGCUUUAACAGACAGGAAAUGGAUAUUAAAUGAAAGGAGGAAGUGGAACUACAAUUCCUGAAUAGAUGCGCAAAGCAGAACAACCUUUCUGGAGAAUGAUCACGUCUUCCUGGGCACGAGUUGAAAAGACAAAGAAAGCAUUUCCCAGCCAUUGACAUGUUGCCUUAGAGAGAGGCGGGUGAACACGGACCUCGUGUUUAGGAGACACAGUACUGCUGAAUGGAUCUUAUAGACAGAAGACUCCGAUGGAAUAGAAGCUGGUUCGAUCCAUAUGGAUUUAAGGAAGAGCUCUUCAUAUGUUGCAGGAGAGCACAAAAAAGCC